UGCAGUCGGCCAUUUCCGUGAAUCGGAGGCAAGCGAAAAGACCGGACGUUCGCGGAACCUUUCGGUGAUUUCCGGAAGGCGUCGGGCGAUUUCGCUUUCAAAGCCGACUGGUUGUCCCGAAAGAUUGUUCGGGUGUUUCCGGGAAGUCGUCGGUUCUUUCCGGAAAGACUGAAUGGAUGGAACUCAAGCUGCCAGACUUGGCUUGUCAGAAGCGGCUGCAGCUGUAGCUGCGGUGGCAGCUGCUGUGAGGGAAAGUCCGGAGGUAACCUCGGUGACCGUAAUGACAGGCCCAGACGCAAGGAAUGCAACAGGAAACGGCUACACUGAGGUCACUGUUUCCAGCGUUGGAGCCCCAGGAGAAAAUGUAUUCACCACUUCAGUGGCGGGCGCUACCUCCCUCUCUGAUCAUGUCCUUACAGACCGAGCAGCGCUGCAGAUAGGAGACAGGCUGAGCACAGAGAAAGCCACAUUGAUCGUUGUUCACACCGAUGGCAGUAUUGUGGAGACACAGGACCUCAAAGUCCCCUCAGCUCCAGUGACCCCAGGAUCAGAAGGUUCAUCUACUCCCUUAUCACCAGGGCCAGAGAAAGACGGCACCAAAUACAAUUGGGACUCUUCUGUGUAUGACAAUGAGCUGCCAGUGCGGUGCCGGAGUAUCAGUGGCACCUUGUAUAAGAACCGCCUGGGAUCUGGAGGAAGGGGACGCUGCGUAAAACACUUAGAUGGAUGGUACACCCCCACCGAGUUUGAAAAUAUGGCUGGCCGGGCCAGCAGUAAAGACUGGAAGAGAAGCAUCCGCUAUGCUGGCAGGCCUCUGCAGUGUCUCAUACAGGAUCGACUGCUCACCCCUCACGCUGCUUCCUGCACAUGUGCCGCAUGCUGUGAUGACCUCAGCUUGAGUGGUCCUGUGAGGCUGUUCGUCCCUUACAAGCGACGCAAGAAAGAAGGUGAACUGCCAACUGUUCCUUCAAAAAAAGCCCAGACAAAAAACAUCACUCUUCUGCCUGCCACAGCCUCCGCUACCUUCACAGUAUCAACCUCUGGGCAGAUCACGGCCACCGACUCCCUAGCAUUUGAGAGAGCUGCUACUGCGGAAGCGUCUGACAUCCUUUCUGACAGCCCACCCCAAGGAGAUGUCUUCACUGGGCCUACAGUUUUGACUUCACCUGCUUUAGCCCUUGCUCCCAGCACUCCUACCAAAGAGUCCUCCCCUGCAGUGGUAAAUGGGCUGGAAGUAUCGGAGCAACAACGGCCAUGGCUUUACAUGGAGGAAAUGGUAAAUUCACUGAUCAACACGGCUCAGCAGCUAAAGUCUUUCAUAGAGCAAGCCAAGAGUGAGGCUGCUGCUGAUAGGAAGGAGUUUACCAGCCACUUGUUCCAGCAGCCAGAAGAAAUUGAUGUAAAGCAGGAGAUUCUUCUUAGGCAGUCCUGUGUUAAUUGCGGCAGAGAGGCACUGAAUGAAUGUAAUGGCUGCCACAAAGUCAACUACUGCUCCAUCUUUUGUCAGCGGAAGGACUGGAAGGAUCACCAACAUCUGUGUGGCCAGGCACCCACUCUUUCAGUUCAUGCAGAAGAGGCACAUGUUACAGAAAAAGAUCCGGUCUAAUGGAUUUCCCAUCUCAUGUGACUUUCUUUAUUGUUUUCUCCUGAC